GUUCGAUAAAGAAGAAUCUGGUAAUGAUAAGAAUGAGAAAGCUUCUGACAGCAAAACCACUGUCUCUAGUGUGGAUAGUCUUCGCGAGUCUGGCUCGGAUAAUGAGAUUUCUGUUAAUAGUCCGAUCGAACCAGUUUCUGAUAAGGAAUUGAAUGUGACAAUGGCGGGUAAUGAUCGUGUCUCAGGCAUCGACAAUGAAGUUUCUGGUCGCGAUAAGAAUGGCGCUGAUUCUAAGAACGGAUCCACCGACGCAAUUGCGGUUGAUGUUCACGAUUCUAGCACUGAUGGUACUGACAAUGAAGUUUCUAAGAAUGAUGCUGAUAAUGUAACCACUGGCAAAAUAGCUGAUAAUGUCGGCGAUCCCGCGUUGGAGAAGCAGUUGAAGUGUGAUUUGUACACUGGAACUUGGGUGAAGGAUGAAAAUUACCCAAUUUACCGACCGGGUUCUUGCCCUUAUGUUGACGAAGCUUAUGAUUGCCAAAUCAAUGGAAGGACUGACACAGAUUAUACAAAAUGGCGGUGGCAGCCUGAUGGCUGUGAUCUUCCCAGGUUUAAUGCCACAGACUUCUUGGUAAGACUAAGAGGUAAAAACUUGAUGCUGAUAGGAGAUUCUAUGAAUCGGAAUCAAUUUGAAUCAAUUUUGUGCAUGCUCCGUGAAGGUCUUCAAAAUAAGAGCAAAAUGUAUGAGACCCAUGGGUACAAAAUAACCAAAGGACGGGGUUUCUACAUUUUCAAAUUUGAGGACUAUAACUGUACAGUACAAUUUGUGAGAUCUCAUUUCCUUGUGAGGGAAGGAAUUCGUAAAAAUGCACAAGGGAACUCAAACCCAACAUUAUCAAUAGACCGGAUUGACAAGACGUCUGGCCGUUGGAUGAGGGCUGAUAUUCUUAUCUUUAACACUGGGCACUGGUGGACCCAUGGAAAGACUGCUCGAGGGAUAAAUUAUUACAAAGAAGGUGAUUAUCUUUAUCCACAGUUUGAUUCAGUUGAGGCAUACAGAAGGGCUCUAAAGACCUGGGCAAAUUGGAUUGAUCGUAACAUCAAUCCAAAGAAACAGAUAGUCUACUAUCGUGGAUAUUCUUCUGCCCAUUUCAGAGGUGGAGACUGGGACUCAGGUGGGUCAUGCCGGGGUGAAACCGAUCCAGUUUUUACUGGGACGAUCCUUAACAGCUAUCCGGAAAAAAUGAAGAUAGUGCAAGAAGUGAUUAGGGGGAUGAAAGUUCCGGUGAAGUUAUUAAAUGUCACAAGACUGACCAAUUUCCGCAAGGAUGGCCACCCAUCUGUAUAUGGAAAGUACACAAUUCCAGGGAAGAAAGUAUCCACAAGAAAGCAAGAUUGUAGCCAUUGGUGUCUUCCCGGGGUACCUGAUGCUUGGAAUGAGCUCAUUUAUGCCACUUUGGUUCUUCACCAGACUAGGACAACUAGUUAACACCUUUUGUUUUUCUCU